GGAGGAGGAGGAAGAAGACGAGGAGGACGUGCCUCCAGCACCCCUCCCGCGACCCCCCCGUGCUGCUGGAGCACAACUACGCCAUGCCGGCCCGGGCGGGGCCCCCCAAGGCCGCCCCCGCGCCCCCCGGCAGCGCCGCCGCGCCCGCCGCUCUGUGCCUGGAACCCACGGCCGCCGAGGUGCUCGAGGCGCCCGAGGAGGUGGUGGCCGAGCUGCCCCCGCCCGGUGCAGAGCCCGGGACCCUCCCGGCGCCGCCCCCGCCCCGGCGCAAACGGCACCGGCCGCCCCCGCCCUCGUCCUCCAGCGACAGCGACGACGACGAGGAUGAAACCAGCACGGAGGACGAGGAGGACGUGGACGACGACGACGACGACGACGAGGAGGAAGGGGGGGCGAGGCGCUGGCUGCGCCCCCGCGGGGGGGGGUCCUCGCCGCCCCCGGAGCCGGCGUUCGCCCCCCGCAGCGAGUUCGAGCAGAUGACGAUCCUGUACGACAUCUGGAGCGCGGGGCUGGACGCCGAGGACGCGCGGUACCUGCGCCUCACCUACGAGCGGCUGCUGCAGCAGGACGGGGCCGCGCACUGGCUCAACGACACCCACUGGGUGCACCACACCGUGACGAGGACGAGCAGCCCGCGGCGCCGGCGCCGGUGGCCGGAGUGCCGGGAGCACCGGACGGGCAGCGCGCGCAGCGAGGGCUACUACCCCAUCAGCCGGCGCGAGAAGGCGCGGUACCUGCACCCCUGCCCCGGCCCCCGCCCCGACCCCGACGCGCCCCCCGACACCCAGGGCCCCAACCGCGUCCUGUCCGAGCGGCGCUCGGAGCAGCGGCUCCUCAGCGCCAUCGGCUCGGCCGCGCUGCCCGACAGCGACCUGCUCAAGCUCAACCAGCUCAAGUUCCGGAAGAAGCGGCUGCGGUUCGGGCGGAGCCGCAUCCACGAGUGGGGGCUCUUUGCCAUGGAGCCCAUCGCGGCCGACGAGAUGGUCAUCGAGUACGUGGGGCAGAACAUCCGGCAGGUGGUGGCGGACAUGCGGGAGAAGCGCUACGCCCAGGAGGGCAUCGGCAGCAGUUACCUGUUCCGCGUCGACCACGACACCAUCAUCGACGCCACCAAGUGCGGGAACCUGGCGCGGUUCAUCAACCACUGCUGCACGCCCAACUGCUACGCCAAGGUGAUCACCAUCGAGGCGCAGAAGAAGAUCGUCAUCUACUCGAAGCAGGCGAUCGGCGUCAACGAGGAGAUCACCUACGACUACAAGUUCCCCAUCGAGGACACCAAGAUCCCGUGCCUGUGCCGCACCGAGAGCUGUCGCGGCACCCUGAACUAGGGCGGGGGGCUCUGCUGGGAGGGGGCCACAGGGGCGGCAGGGCUGGCAUUUGGCGUUUGGGCCGCCGGGGUUGCCACGCGGCCGUCCUGGCUGGCCCUUGGCCUUCAGGGUUGACCCGCGGCCGUUGUGGUUGGUGUU